AUGCCCAGAAGGAUCAUCAAAAGAAAAUCCUAUUCAACUUGCUUCGAAGCUUCGGAACAGGCACAAGUUUCUGCUAGUGGGAGUUGCAAUAAAGAAGAAAAUCUACAACAUGUAAAUGAUAAUAACGGUGAUAUAAUUUUUGAUUUAGUGAUGACUGAAAAUGAUUCCGGCAAUAUCGGAAGUGAUGAUCGUCAUGGUUCAACAACAGAACAUGAUAACGAACAGCAAUUAUUACUACCAACAGCUCUACCAGAAACACACAAAAAUUUAAAGAAGAAGCGAAGGUUCCAUAAAGCUUCUUCUUCUUCUGCAGAGUCUUCACAAUGCUCUUCUAAAACAAGCCCAGAGGACAAGGAAACAGAAAAAAUAACAUUCACUGCUUGUGAAACAGAACAAAUACCACUCCCAAUAGUAGAAAAAAUUCCAGAAGUUCAAGAUCAAUUACCAUCUCAUGAUAUACAACAUGCUCAAGAUGAAAACGAAACUAGGGAUCAAAAUCAUGAACAAAUAUCACUCCCAUUAGUAGAAAUAACGCCAGAAAUUCCAUUCGUACCAUUAACAUUGAAUGAAUUUUCUAAUCAACACAAUGAAAUGACAAAUCAAGAGCAAGCACAACCUGUAACAGAAAGUUCACCAUCAAAAAAGAGCAAGAAAAUUUAUACAAAUGAAAGUUCAAAAGAGAAUACAGCAGUCAACACUACUAAGAAAGCGUCGAGACCAAGGAAAAAGAAGAGCUCUUCAACUAACGUUGCUGACACGUUAAUAAUAGACAAAGAUAAUAAGGUAUCCAUUGGAGGGGACCUUUACUUAGUUAGGAAAGUGUCUAAUUUACAUGUUGUGGAUUUGAGCAAAUAUUUGUCGUCGCUCUAUUCCAAGAAGGAUCUACCAGGACCGCUUCAAGAACUAUUGGACAAUAAUAGAUAUUUGUUAACUGAUGAAAAAGUGAAAUUGAACCAAAAAAUGUAUAUUACGUGUACCAUGAACGCUAUACAAGAAACAACCAAGAAGAAAGUAUUACUAGUUCUAAAGGGAGCUGAACAUAUUGGAGGCAGUACCAUACAAUGUCACAUCUGUAGAGCUCAGGAUGGAGCCAAAUUGAUCUGUGACAACUCUACUCUCUUCAACAUACUUCACUUUGUGCAAAAAUAUAAUGUCGGUAAGGAAGAGGUCAACAUGAACUUUUCAUUUCCUGCCUUGCCCUGUGCAAUAAGCAUGUGUAAGGAUUGUAUUGAGACCCACGAUCAUGGAGAUUUCGAAUACUAUGCAACGAAUGGUCAUUUUAUUUGUCCUCAUUGCCGAUCAUGUUGCGUUAACCACAAAUGUUACACGAGACGUAAUUAUCCAAACGGAGGAAUAGUGAAAUACAAUGGACGAAAUGCAGAGGAAGUUUUUGUGAGCUUGGCUGCAAACAUUAAAUAUGAAGCAAAACACAAAACCACAGAAACGCCUCUCACUGAAAAGAAGGAGAGCCCAAAAGAAAAGUCAGAAGAUGGAAUUGUUGUAUCAAGUGAGGAGAAUCAAUCGGUAAUGGCCAUUGCCGAACCAACCGCAAAGCAGUUAGCCACAUCAUCCAGAAAUCUGUUGAGAAACGAGACCCCUAAAACAAAAACCACCAAGAAAUGCAGUGAUUCUCCUAAAUCUACAAUUAGUGUUGUUGACAAUUCAACUUCAGUGAAUAACGAGUGUGUUUCUUCCUCAUUGCCAUACACAAGACGCGGUUUUUGUGCAAACGAACUUAAAACAAGCUCUCCUUUCAAUCACGAAGCAGCCCAACAAGAUCCCACAACAACGCGAAAACUUAAGCUUUCCAAAGAGGUACUACAGCUGAAAACCGAUGCAGUGGCCAACUAUUUGAUCCAUUCCUUCUCGCGUCACUUUUCACACAGGCAGAAAGAAAACUCGGGGAUGUGA